ACCUCGUGACUUGAGGUUUUUUUUAUUGCUGCGCAAGUAGUAGGAAAAGUCAGCAGGUUGCAACUGAAAGUGGAGUUUUUGAUGCGACUAACUUGCAGCAGAACAUUAUGAAGAACUUGGUUGUGAUUGCCGCCUUGGCUCUGUCCGGACUGUUUACAAGUUGUGCUGUGUCAGCAGAAAGUGCUGCAGUGAAAAAUGCAGCAAAUCCAGCUCCACCAACACUUAACAAAAUCCCACUUUAUAUUAUGCCUGCACAUGUGACCAACACGACGGCAAACUAUACUACGCCUACGCCUGCACAUGUGACCAACACGACGGCAAACUAUACUACGCCUGCACAUGUGACCAACACGACGGCAAACUAUACUACGCCUGCACAUGUGACCAACACGACGGCAAACUAUACUACGCCUGCACAUGUGACCAACACGACGGCAAACUAUACUACGCCUGCACAUGUGACCAACACGACGGCAAACUAUACUACGCCUACACCGGCACAUGUGACCAACAUGACGGCAAACUAUACUACACCUGCACAUGUGACCAACACAACUGCUGCAAAUCAUAGCACAACAAUAAGUCCACAAACAACUGUUCUCCCUACAUUAUCACCCAAUUUUUCACUCCCAGUAAGUGGUCUCUACAAUAUUUCUUUGAAGAACACCACUUGCAUCAAGAUGGCAAUUGGAAUACAACUUAUUGUUGACACAAAGCCCCAAAAUUUGUACUUCAAUAUUCCACCAAGGAAAACAAGGGUUUCGGGGAAAUGUGGAAGUGUUGAUUCGUGGAUUAAUUUGCAGUUUAAUAGUGGAUUUGUAAACUUCACCUUUGGGAAGGAUGAAAACCAUUAUUACAUCAGUGAAAUAAGUGCUGCUCUGCAUGCGAUGAAUAACCUGGACAAAACUUACAGUGGCAUUAUGAAGAAUGUGAAGUUGUUUAAUACUAAACUUGGACACUCCUACAAAUGCAAAAGCAAGCAGGUUGUGGCUUUUUCAACUGAUAAUUUGCAGAUUUUGAUGAUUGAUACUCAAAUCCAGGCAUUUGACAUCUCUGACGGAAUGUUUGGUAAAGCAGAGGAAUGCUUCAUGGACUUCAAAAAUGUUCUUCCUAUCGUCUUUGGAGUAGUUCUUGUUGUGCUGAUCAUUAUUAUAGUUGUUGUGUAUUUGAUCUGUCGACGUAAUCAAGCUGCAGGCUAUCAGCGGAUCUGAGGAGAGAGAUGAGGUUUUGUUCAGAAGAUGCUUGUUGAUUUACUUUGCCUUCUCAUUAAUAUUGAUGGUGUGCAUCUUGGCCAAACAACUUCUUUUUCACCCCAUUCAAUGUACCUGGAGAUUGCCAUAAUUGUACAUAUAGAAAUAUUGGUGGAGGACUGGAGUUCCAUUUCAGGCUGGGAUUUCCAGCUGUGUUGUAAUUUAGUAUAUAUUUUCUGCAUUUCUAUGUUCAGAAAUGAUUAAAAAUUGAAAUCAUGUAGCUUAAUGCCUUUGUUUUUUGUAACUUGGUGUUUCUCUGAAACCAAUUUUGUAAAUGUGCAUUUUGAACAUUUUCAUUUACUAUUUGCUGAAAAAAAAUAAAAUUAAUGACUGAU